CCAUCUGAAGGGGCAGCAGAGCGGCCAUCAUCGCUAAAUCCGCCCACUCCGGUGACGACUUCGGCGCGUCCUACGGGGAGAAAUCUCACAAAGACAAUAGACGACAAAUGUCGCCCCAAAUCCACUCAAAAAAUUCCACUCGACGAACGCGCUGAAAUUUUGUUGCAAUUUAACGCGCCGUCGCGACGGAUGUCGGCGGAUUGCGUUCGCUUUCCCCUGCUGUUGGGGGUUGUUCCCCAAUUUGCCUACGUAACGAGGUCGGCCAUAUUGGGCCUACACCGCAGCAACCCUGCCGUGUAAGACGUCAACCAUUGCCGAUACAGAGCAAGACGCACAGAUGAAAGGCAGCCUGCAGGUGCUCCACAGGCUCGCGGGCCACCAGGACAGAGCGUGGUCGGUGGCGUGGAGCCCCAGUGGAGCUCUGAUCGCCAGCUGCGGUGGAGACAAGACGGUGCGAGUGUGGGGCAGGGAAGGCGAUGGCUGGGUGUGCCGCUCGGUUCUGGCCGACGCUCAUCAGCGCACGGUGCGAAAUGUGGCUUGGUCUCCGUGCGGGACCCGCUUGGCCUCUGCGAGUUUCGACGCUACCACUUGUGUGUGGAGCCGACGCGACGGUGAUUUCGAGGUGACUGCGACUCUGGAAGGACAUGAGAAUGAAGUGAAGGGCGUGGCCUGGGCUCCAUCAGGAAACCUGCUGGCCACUUGCAGUCGUGACAAGAGUGUCUGGAUUUGGGAAGUGGACGAAGAGGAAGACUAUGAAUGCGCAAGCGUUCUCAACUCGCACACGCAGGACGUCAAGCACGUUGUCUGGCAUCCCAACAGCGAGGUGCUGGCGUCGGCAAGCUACGACAACAGCAUCCGCCUGUACCGCGAGGAUGGCGACGACUGGAGCAGCUUUGCCACGCUGGAGGGGCACGAGUCGACCGUGUGGAGCAUCGACUUCGACGCGACCGGGCGCCGCCUGGUCUCCUGCGGCGAUGACAAAACCAUACGCAUCUGGCAAGAGGGUGCGGCUACCAGCUCGGGGGUCGGCGCCACGUGGGAGUGUGUGUGCACCCUCUCUGGCCAUCACACACGAGUCAUUUACGACGUCUCUUGGUGCAAGCUCACGGGCGCCAUAGCGACAGCCAGCGGAGAUGACACCAUCCGAGUGUUUGAGGAGGAGGCUGUGCCAGAAGGCGACGGGAAAAGCCCUCGGUUCUACGAAGCCGUGUGCGUUCGCAAAGCGCACGACCGGGAUGUGAACUGCGUGGCGUGGAGUCCCAGUGACCCGGGGCUGCUGGCGUCGUGCGGCGACGACAGGGUGGUGGCGAUCUGGCGCUAUGCGAGGGAAAGCGCGGCGAGCGAGGCGUGACGGCUGCGUCUGCACUCGCAUUUUGAGAGAAAAACUCGGAUCGUUUACUGUCACCUAAUCAAUUGAAAUUUGACACGCCCACUGAAGCUCGGUGGUUUUGUUGCUACCGUGCCCAUCGCGCACACUUGUGUACACAAUGUCUGCAAAGCAGGGAUAGGUAUUGGGGGGGGGGAGGGGGGGUUCGAUUUUUAUUCUGUGCUAUGGAAUAAUAGUGGAGUCGGCUGGUGCUUUCGAGCAUGCAGACACCAGGUGUGCCAUGCCCAAACCGACUACAACGGAGUGCACAUUGAGCCCUCCAGAGUCGUUUUUGUUUGCUUUGUGGUCCCCGAGAGAAUUAAUAUCAUGCCCCGGAGACCGGCAUCAGCCAAAUGGCAGUGUGGUCUCAAGCUUGCAUCAUCACAGCUUGGUGUUGCAGCUUGCACCAUGGUGAUGUUUGAUACUGUGCAGUUAAGUAUUGCGAUACGUGGUCUUUUGCAGUCAUUUCCACACCAACGACAAAGGAGAUAAUACAACGACUUACAAAAAAUAACAAUGUAAAUGUGUUUCACUCUGGCCAAAUUACCUUGUACAGGCUAACACAUUAAAUGUGUGCAUGUUCACACCCAUGUGCAAAUAAUGUCACUAAACACAACUGGGUGUUCAUCCACAACAACUUACUUGAAAUAGACCAGGAUACAACUAUUGAAUAAGCAGAUGGAUAACAAAUGUUCGGAGUGUUUGAUGGGGAAAUGAAUUUGAGAAUAAAAAGCAACAGUGAUUUGCCUAUGUUGACCAUUUACUAUUAGGCACAUUGCAUACAGUAACCUUAAAGAUCAUAGACGUCGACAAUGACAAAGGGAACAAGUACUUAAAGUACACAGAUAACAAUGGAGAGAUCCAUGCUGCACGUUACACAGAGAGAGAAAGCGAAACAUGGGUCAGGGGAACGCGCAUCAGUCAUCGGUGACCUUUAAGAAAAGUGGGCUUGGGCAUUGCACGUUGCGAGAAGGGUUGGAUCGUCAGUGGGCAAGGCUGAUGACAGAGUGGCAGCCAGAGGAGGGAUCUUGCCUGGGAAAGCAACCACCAGAGAGAUGGGGCGAUGAGAUUCGCUCACGUGCGGGAGUGAGAUGGAUUGUAGUAUCUCAGGACCAAGGGGGGUGGGAGGCCUUCAUCUAGCAGUAAACAAAACAUGGCAGAUGGUGACAUUGGUUAAAAGUAUUGUCCCCCCCCCCCAUGAAAGCAAUGCAUGUCUGUUGUGUGAAUUUCUUGUUUCCAAUUUAAUAAAAAAAAAUUGGCCCAAUGAAAAUAUGGAUUUGUACAUAAAAUCGACAUUGAGAUAAUGUACAAAUGUUUCAGAUCACGUAAUGAAUUAUUUGUUAAAUGUAAGUGCGUAGUCUUUGCCCAUACCCUUAAAGCAAACCGCUUUUUUGUUGCGCAUUAAAUGCAAUACCCCCACAAUUGCGUUAUCUAUCCUCAAUAAUCUCAUUCCCUCACGGUGGUUGCAGUAACAUGGCUGUUGUGGCCCUAAGCAUUUUUUUGGGGCUCCACAGCUGGGUCCCAGUAAAAGCAGCCGAGAUGGUGGGAAAAUGAGUGUUGGCUUGCACUCUGACCUCCAGGUUUAUUCUGGAACGUGCUGUUUAGUCUGGCAGGAUCAGAGGGGAAGCGGUGAGGGGCCUGUCUUGCACGCACUUGUUAUGGCCGCCUAAUUCUUUUUUUUUUAGCCGAGCUUUACAUGCAAUCGCAAAAACCAGAGCAUGUUGAAAAUUUUAAAGAGUGUUGCUGUGUGCCGUUCACGUGUUGUCAUUUGCUUGAUAAAGGAAAAAAAAAAACCUUUGUUGAUAGCCGGGUUGGUAAUGUUUGACUGAUUAAAAAUUAUAGUUUGUCACCUGAAA